CGUUUCUCGUCUCUUAUUUCAAAGCCCCUUUCUUUCUCUUUUUAUUUACCUAUUCCCUCUGCUCUGCACAUUUCACACAAACUUAGAAAAAGAAGAGAAAAGAGAAAAGAGAGCGAGAGUGAGAUGGGGGGCGGAUUGAGCUCUUCUUCUUUUGUAUAAUGAACUUUCAACCUAAAAAAACACCACUUCUUCUCGGAAGAAGAUGGCAAUUCUUCAUCCCCAACAACACCAUGUUUAUGAUAAUGACAACGACUAUAACCCUUCUUCGUUUUUGCUAGAUGAACUCUACUGUGAAGAGGAAGAGAUAGAUGAUGUUGUGCAAGAAGAGUGUGGUGAGAGUGAGAGUAAUGCUAUAGUUACUCAUUGUAAUGGUGAAAAUCCUUCUUUGUUUCCACUUCUCUUGUUUGAGCAUGACUUUUUUUGGGAGGAUGAUGAGCUUCUCUCUCUCUUCUCGAAAGAACAACAACAACAGACACUUUUCAAUGUGAGUCUUGUGGAGACGGAUUCUCGUCUUUCUGUAGCUCGUAAUGAGGCUGUGGAGUGGCUGCUCAAGGUCAAUGCCCAUUAUGGAUUUGCCACUCUCACUGCAAUUCUGGCCAUUAACUAUCUUGAUAGGUUCCUAUGUGGAUUUGAUUUCCAAAGAGAUAAAGCAUGGAUGAUCCAGCUUUUGGCUGUUACUUGUCUCUCUUUGGCUGCCAAAGUUGAAGAAACUCAAGUGCCUCUUCUCCUAGACCUCCAAGUUGAGGCAGCUAGGUAUGUUUUCGAGGCCAAAGCCAUUCAGAGAAUGGAGCUUCUGGUGCUCUCUGCACUCAAAUGGAAGAUGCAUCUUGUCACCCCACUUUCAUUUCUUGAUCAUAUCAUCAGGAGGCUUAAACUGAAGAAUAAUCUCCACUGGGAGUUUCACAAGAGAUGUGAGCGUCUCCUCCUCAUUGUGGUCUCCGAAUCAAGAUUUGUCAGUUAUCUCCCGUCUGUAUUGGCAACUACGACAAUGAUGCACGUUAUUGACCAAGUCGAGCCUUUGAAUGCCAUUGACUACAAAAACCAGCUUCUGGGUGUUCUCAAAAUAAGCAAGGACAUAGUAAAUGAGUGCUACAGGCUUAUUCUGGAGCUGUCCAACACCAAAAGCAACGCCUAUCAGAAUCAACGCAAGCGCAAGUGUGAGGCAUUCCCUUGCAGCCCCAGCGGUGUGAUUGAAUCUGAGUUCAGUUGUGGGGAAAGCUCAAACGAGUCUUGGACAGUGAACAAGCCACAGGUCUUUUCAUCGCCAGAUCAAAAUAGGGUGUUUAAGAAGAGCAGGGCCCAAGAGCAACAGAUGCCUUCGCCAGUGCCAUCUCUGAAUAGGGUUUUUGUGGACAUUGUUGGCAGUCGUCCCAAUUAAAAAAUCUUUCUCUGUCUCUCUUCGUUUAUAAAUAUUAUAUGAAAAAAACCAAAACAUUUUUGUUUUAUGUAUAAUAAAUUAAGAUCAAGAUCAAA